CUGUUCCCACUCCCCAUUUUUAAGUUCGCUCCUCCGUUCAAAUAUUGCAGAAAUACCAAAAAGUCUACCCCGUCCGGUCAGAUGAACAUGAAGUUAGGGUUUUAGUUUAAAACUUCAAUCUCCAUCCGGGGACCUCGGACUUCUCUAGAUUCCGGAUUUUAAUUUUAUGUUUAAGUACUGUACCCUAAAUUCUCCACCAAACUGCCUCACUCCGUUGCUUUCUGUUUUGGAUUAUCGUUUUUCACGAUCCUCACAGAAACCCGUAUACAAGUGCAAUGGCGUCGACGAUGCAGUCCCAAAUGACCUCCAAAAAGCGAGAGGCUGCUCCGGUGAGCAGAGAGGAUGACCGGCUGAUUAUUACUCCAUUAGGAGCCGGCAAUGAAGUGGGUCGGUCCUGCGUUUAUAUGUCUUACAAAGGAAAAACUGUCUUGUUCGAUUGUGGGAUUCAUCCGGGUUACUCUGGAAUGGCUGCGUUGCCUUACUUUGAUGAAAUUGAUCCUUCAACAAUCGAUGUUCUACUUGUAACUCAGUAUGCUUUCUUUCCCUUACUUGUAGACUAUCUGCACUAGCCUCAUAUUCUUUCCUCUCUUUUUUUGCUUCCUGAUUGAGUGCGUGAGUGUGGAUUGAGAAGGGAGGAGGACGGUUGUUGUAGAUGUAAUUUUGAACUGUGUGGAGGUUUAUAGCAACAGGGUACUGUGGUCUAGUACGAGGCUUCGAUUUUGUAGCUGUUGUGAGUCUGUGUCUUUGACUUUGAGUUUAUCUUCAUACUCAUUAUUCUGGCCACUGAUACAAUGUCUGGCAUUUGAUCAUAAUUCUGUUAGAACAAACAAAACUGAACUUUACGUUGCUGGCCUAGUAUCUUCUGGAAUAAGGUUGCACUUGAGUAGUUGAGUUGUUAUAGUCAUCAUCAUCGUCUGAAUUCUGCCUCUCUUUAUAUUCGUGUUAUGCAACAUGGAUAAUCAUUUGAAAUUUUCUGUUACUGAAGAAUUUCCCCAUUCUGUGUGCAACUUUCAUCCCUCAUUCAUCUAAAUGAUUUUAUAUUAGUAUAUUCAUCUGAUCAUUGGGUGUAUAUCUCUACUCAUGUUUGUUCAUCAUUCACCAUUGGGUGUAUAUUUCUACUCAUGUUUGUUCAUUAUUCACCUUUGCUCCCAUUCUUGCUCUUACUAUCUGGCAUUCCUUCUUGGUACUGAUAUGAUUUUUAUUUGCAGCUUCCAUUUAGAUCAUGCUGCUUCGCUCCCAUACUUUUUUGAGAAGGUUCGACAGACUGUGGUUAUCAAUGUUUCUAAUAAUUGUGAACUUGUUUCUUCAUGUCUGAGUUCAUUGCUUCUUUCUUUUUCAGACAACAUUUAAAGGGCGAGUUUUCAUGACUCACGCGACUAAAGCCAUAUACAGGUUACUUUUGACUGAUUAUAUCAAAGUAAGCAAAGUCUCAGUUGAAGAUAUGUUGUACACUGAGAAAGACAUUGAGAACUCCAUGAAUAAAAUUGAGGUUUGUAUAUGUUUUGUUACCUUCAGGUUGUUCUUCUACCAUUUUCAAAGAUAAUUACGUAUACACACAUUUAUUUGGCUGGCUUUUUUGCGGCUGUUCAUAGUGGGGGGUGAGAUUAAUAAAGAAGUAAAAGAUUAUUGGACAAUAGUCUUCUGGCACCUUAGGGAGAAUUUUAGAUUAUUGUGCGAUAUAACACCAUAAAUGUUAUUCAAAAUGAAGGGACUUCAGCUGCAUUUCUCUCUCUCUCUCUCUCUCUCUCUCUCUCUCUCUCUCCAAUUUUUACUCUAAUGGAUGAACUGUCACUAUAGCUAGCUUGCAUUUUUCCUGCCAUUUCAACGAUUAUUACUGCAAUUUUGGGACCUGAGUUUUGUGAGUUCAAAGCUUGCUCCUUUAAGUUCGUAUUUUGAUUGCACUGACUAGUUUCACUCUUCUGUAGGUUAUUGACUUCCACCAGACUCUGGAAGUCAAUGGUAUCCGCUUCUGGUGUUAUACUGCAGGUCAUGUCCUUGGUGCUGCAAUGUUUAUGGUGGAUAUUGCUGGUGUCCGAGUUCUUUAUACUGGAGACUAUUCCUGUGAGGAGGAUAGACAUCUUCGAGCUGCUGAACUCCCCCAGUUCUCUCCAGAUGUUUGCAUCAUUGAGUCAACCUACGGGGUGCAACUUCAUCAGCCACGGCAUAUUCGAGAGAAUCGUUUUACUGAGGUCAUUCAUAAGACAGUUUCUCAAGGUGGUCGUGUUUUGAUCCCUGCUUUUGCUCUUGGUCGAGCCCAAGAACUUCUUUUGAUAUUGGAGGAGUAUUGGUCAACCCAUCCUGAGCUCCACAAUGUCAAAGUCUAUUAUGCGUCUCCUCUUGCCCAGAGGUGUAUGAAAGUGUACCAGACAUACCUCAAUUCGAUGAAUGAAAGAAUCCGCAAUCAACCCAGCACUUCAGAUCCCUUUGACUUCAAGCACAUAUCAUAUUUAAAAAGCAUUGACAAUUUUAGUGAUGUUGGUCCCUCGGUGGUGAUGGCAAGUCCUGGUGGGCUUCAGAGCGGUUUGUCUAGACAGCUUUUUGAGAAAUGGUGCACAGACAAGAAGAAUGCUUGUAUCAUACCUGGGUAUGUUGUCGAAGGGACCCUGGCAAAGACUAUCAUCAAUGAACCCAAGGAAGUGACCCUGAUGAGUGGGAUGAGUGUUCCUCUGAACAUGCAAGUGCAUUAUAUUUCCUUCUCAGCUCAUGCAGAUUAUGCUCAGACAAGUAAAUUCUUGAAAGAGCUUAUGGCUCCCAACAUCAUCUUGGUUCAUGGUGAAGCUAAUGAGAUGGGAAGGCUUAAGCAGAAGCUCGUGUCCGUCUUUGCUGAUGGAAAUACUAAGAUUAUAACCCCCAAGAACUGCCAGUCUGUCGAAAUGUACUUCACAUCUGAGAAAAUGGCAAAAACCAUCGGGAAGCUGGCUGAAAAGGUCCCUGAAGUUGGUGAUACCGUCAGUGGGUUGCUUGUAAAGAAAGGGUUCACAUAUCAGAUUAUGGCACCUGAUGAUCUGCACGUCUACUCCCAGCUCUCCACAGCUAAUGUAACCCAAAGGAUUACAAUUCCCUAUUCAGGAGCCUUUGCUGUUAUCAAACAUAGACUUAAGCAGAUUUACGAGAGUGUGGAGGCCUCAACUGAUGAGGAAUCUGGGGUUCCAACAUUGAGAGUUCAUGAUCUGGUGACUGUAAAGCAAGAGUCGGAGAAUCACAUCUCGCUCCACUGGGUAGCAGACCCUAUUAGUGACAUGGUCGCAGACUCUAUAGUGGCUCUUGUUUUGAAUGCAAACAGGGAGAUGUCCAAGGUGGUACUGGAAUCGGAACCUUUAGUAACAGAAGAAGAAGAUGCUGGAAAAGCCGAAAAGAUUGUGCACUCGCUUCUUGUCUCCCUCUUUGGAGAUGUGAAAUUAGGGGAGAACGGGAAGCUUGUCAUAACUGUUGAUGACAAUGUAGCUCUACUCGAUAAACAAAGCGGGGAGGUUGAAAGUAAGAAUGAGGUUCUCAAGGGACGUGUAAAGACUGCCUUCCAGCGGAUACAAAGUGCAGUGAAGCCAAUCCCUCUUUCAGUUUAGGCUAGCUCUCUUGCUUUUUAGUUCGGUAACUUGUAGUCCAGAGAGUACGAUCGUCAACUGCUUAAGAACCGGAAAGAAAGGAUUUUUUUGUUGCAUUUGCCUGUAAGCUGUAUGUAGAUUAGAAGAACUGAGUGUUAAGAAUUUGACUAUUUUAGUCAUCUUUUUGCACAUGAUCAAGUCAAUUUCCCGAAACUCUCUUGCUAUAUUUUCCAAGUUCGCAUUUAAGACUGUUAUGUAAUUUGGCCAGUUUGACUGUUCAAUUGACAUUGUCGGAGUAAUUAAAAAGGAAUUUAGUUAUUGUACUGCUAUUGUUUUGACUCGAAGUCAUGAAGCACAGUACUUGCGCAAAU